AUGCUUGCUCCUCUCGCUGAGGAAUCGGAUGGCGUGGGCCCUUCUUCGUCGGCGUCUUCUCCCAUCAAUUAUCACGAGAUCCUCGCUGCUACAAAGGACCUGUUGCUGUCCCUAACCCCAAACAAUCCCAUCUACGCUGCCUUCCACGAUGACCAGGUGCAUGAUCCGCUGGGAGCUGGAGCCUAUGCCUUCCGGCAUGACCUCGUUGAACCUAUCCUGCUGGAACUUGUGAGCGACGAGCUCCUGAGCCGCGACCCGGACCUCACAGGCAAGCCCCCUAUUAACGUUCCAACCCGCCCUAUAAUCAUCCAUGCCGGUGCCCAGCCAAAUAAUUCUCCCCACUGCGGCACAUUGGUUGUCUUCUGUUACGCUUUUGCCUUUGCCCGGGCAGUACGGGACCGUCUACAAGCCCAGACCGCCGGCACUCAUCUCGAUCCGCCUCCCGUAUCCGUCGAGAUAACAUUUGUUGACACAGCGCCGGUCGACGGCGAGGGUCUCGAAAUCAACGGCAUCCAAUACCAGAAAUCAUAUCGCGAUGUCCCCGGCGCUCUCGAGACCUACAUGGGCGACUACCAGGAGGUCCUCAGCCUCCUAAGCACGUGGUCUUCCAUUCCGUUCACCACCACCUUUCAAUCCCACUUCUUUUCCCAUCCCAGCAUGCCAUCUAUCCUCCGCUACGUCACCACCCACCACUUAACCCUUGGCCGCCAGCUCUCCCCAAAGCACGGCAAGCUAGCCCUUCGCGCAGCUUGUCCGGUGGCGGGCUGCUCGCUGGCCGAGAAACACGGCCGACUAAACACGUACCACCCUUCUUCCUCCACCGACACAGAAAGAAUUACCCUCCACUGCCCGCGCCACGGCCCGCACACGAUCCGUCUCACCAACCCGCGCGAGGUGGCCCGGCUCGAGGCCAACGCGCCGACGCGCAACCUGCUGCGCAGCAUGAGCCAGCUGCUCGACACCCGCGCGCACCACGUGCGCGUCACGGGCGCCGACUACGCGGGGACCUACCAGGAGGCGCUGCUGCUGCGUCCCUUGGCGGCGGGGGCUAAGCUGUCCAAGUCGCUGUAUGUAAGGGAAGGGGGGUAUGAUAUGAUGAAGGUUUUUGGUACGGACGGGCUGUGCAGCUAUCGAGUGCUCAAGGAACGGGUUGGUGGCGGUGCGGAAGGGUUGAGGAGGGUCUGGAAGGAGAUGGGGAGGUGGAUGGAGGAUCCCAAGAGGUUGUCUAGGGCGUGGUCGGUUGAGUAUUUGGCUGGGGUAGUAAUGGGCGAGAAAGUUGAAGAUGGUGCUGGGAAUGUGGACGGUGUUCACUGA